AAAUGUAAUCAAUCGCCUCGUCUUGGCGCGUUAGGGGGCCAUCGUUUUUCAAUUUCUGCCUCUCCUUCCGGCUAUGGCGAUGAACCAUACCCCUUCUAUUCCUUCUAUGCUCUCUAGAGACCAAUUGUUUCAUCUUUUCAAUCGCUUUUCUGUCAUCGUUUCCCUCUCUGAUGUGAAGAAACGGAUUGCUGAUGCUGUUAGGGAUGAUAAUCAGGGAGCUGUAGCUGUGACAACCGCUAUUCAGGAAGAGAUAUUUUCUGAAAUGGGAAUUGAUUCACGAUUCGGCAUAUCCUGCUUAGGGAAAGUGAAUUCGUUUUACGAGAACGAUCUCGAGUUGAUGGUUCGUUUCUACAAGUUCGUUGCAGCGGAAGAGAUGGCAUGUGAUGAAGCAGAGCUUGAACCAUAUGAGUUUGCUGAAAAGAUGAACAAUGAACACCAACUACACAAAAUGCAACUCGAGAUGUUGAAACACAUGCGCACGUUACACUCGGACGACCAGUCCGCUAUUCUCGAUAAGUUACACGAGCAGCUGGAGAGUGCAGAAUUCGACAGUUCGGCGUCGAUUAUGUCAUUGGAAGAGAUUCAAGAGAUCGUUCAAACGAAAGGUGUCUCUAGUCAGUCCGUCAGUUAAAUUUUUUGACAUAAUGAUAUGUGAAAUGAAAUAUCUACACUAUACAAGAAUAUGAUAUGCAUUCAAAUGCUCGACUUCACCUCUGAUCCAAUAUACUGAAAAUCUCAUGGCUUCCUCGGUCGUGUUUUUA